AAAGAAGAGGCACCAGACCCUGUUAAUUAAAGCUCGCCCUGGUCCAUCAUUCUGAGGAGCUGCAGUGCUCUGCUCCUUCCUGAUGGCUUAGAGCUUCUCCUUAACUCCCAGCCAUGGAUCUUGGAGAAUUUCCCCCGAGAUCAGCAGGAGAGCCUCAGUGUCACCGCUGACGUUCCCUUGAUGUGCUCACAAAUCUCUCUGAGAACAUCGCCCUGGACCCCCGAUGCGGCUGCCCGAGCAACCUGGAGAGGGGAAGCCUGAACAUGAGGAAAAGGGGGGCAGAGGAGCCCCUGGAGGGGGAGAGGAGCCGCCGAGGAGCCAGGCCCCCGACUUCCCCACUUGGGAGAAGAUGCCUUUCCACCAUGUGACCGCUGGCCUGUUGUACAAGGGGAAUUACCUCAACCGGUCUCUCUCUGCUGGCAGCGACAGCGAGCAGCUUGCAAAUAUCUCCGUGGAGGAGCUCGAUGAAAUCCGAGAGGCCUUUCGGGUUCUGGACCGAGAUGGGAAUGGCUUCAUCUCCAAGCAGGAGCUGGGAAUGGCCAUGCGCUCUCUGGGGUACAUGCCGAGUGAGGUGGAGCUGGCCAUCAUCAUGCAGCGCCUGGACAUGGACGGGGAUGGCCAGGUGGAUUUUGAUGAAUUCAUGACAAUUCUUGGCCCGAAACUGGUGUCCUCAGAAGGCCGUGAUGGUUUUCUUGGAAACACAAUAGAUAGCAUAUUCUGGCAGUUUGACAUGCAAAGGAUAACUCUGGAAGAGUUGAAGCACAUCCUCUAUCAUGCCUUCCGGGACCACUUGACAAUGAAGGACAUUGAGAACAUCAUCAUCAACGAGGAGGAGAGCCUGAAUGAUACCUCGGGGAACUGCCAGACAGAGUUUGAAGGCGUGCACUCCCAGAAACAGAACAGGCAGACCUGCGUGCGGAAGAGCCUCAUCUGCGCCUUCGCCAUGGCCUUCAUCAUCAGCGUCAUGCUGAUCGCCGCCAACCAGAUCCUGCGGAGCGGCAUGGAGUAGCCGCUGCCCGCCACCAGCCGCUGCGGUCCCCGCUCACUGCGCAUGCGCACGCCCUGCGGGCCGACUCUUCCUCCACAAAAGCAGAUCUGGACGAUGCAGACGUGGCACAGUUCGGCGAAGAACCCAAGGUUGCAGUGCAACCUCUGUUGCAAGUCCACUUCAUCUCCUUGGCAGGGACACAAAAGGGCUGUCUUCAAUGCUUUAAUGGUUUUGUUUCCUAAUGCAAUAAAUAGCCAGGAGUUCC